UUUCAUCGUUGAAAUUUGCAGCCGACAUUCCGCAAAGUUAAUUGCCGAUCUGAUUUAUCGAACAAAACAGAUUUGCGCGAGAUAUUUGUAAGAACUUUAAUACCCUGCGCGCCUAGCAACCGCUUCGCGCAUGAGUGUGGGGACAAAUGGUGCAGGCGGUUCCUGCGCGCGAGGCGCACGGUACGAGGGCGAGAGCACGCGACGAGUGUCGUCGGGGAAGGACACGUCCGGGGGUGCCUGCUGGAGCUAAGUGCCACGGUGACGACGUCUCCGGCACCCUCGACGUCUUUGGCGGUAGACGUCUGGCAAGAGAAUUAUGGUGCGAGCUGCGAGGGAUCGAACACUCGACGCAUCGUUCGUGACGGCCACUCUAACGUUCGCGUUACUGUUGCUCGUUGAUCAAGACGCGAACGCGUAACCAUGUUUCGCGCGCGCAGGGGAGAAAGAGACGAAAGACGCGUUUACGUCGCCGGAGACACCCGUCCGUCCGCAUCCUCGUCCAUACAACCCCUUGCCCGUUCGCCUCCACCACCGCGCUCCCGAUCAAUACGUGCCCGCUUCGCCGUGUUUGUCAUUCAUGCGUGUCUUCUGAGGAAUGUAUCGGAGGGCAUGUCUGUUCUCCUCCAAAGGAAUGCUGUCCUUAUGGCUGUUGUUACAGUGUCUUCACACCAGUGCAUCCUCAUGUUUCAGAAAUGUUCAAUUUCUUAAUUUGGACUUAUUGGUAUCUAUGGGUAGCAGUGCUUGCAGCUUUAGCUAUAGCCGCAACAUGUGGCUUUUGGCUGUGGAAACGUCGUCGUGCGGCAUUGUCCGACGACAGCACAUCCUCAGAAAGAACUUCCACGGGACCGUGGUAUCCGCCUCCUCAUUAUAGCCGGUGUAGUUCUUUUGUACAGGCAUUACCACCACCGUACAAUGAGGUGACUGCAAAACCAGACCUUUAUCCCUUAGUAAUUGGAUAUGAUGAUAGCACGGGCAAAGGCACUUCUGGUUUUGUGAUGCGCUACUUCAGAUCGUUGUCACAUGCAAGCACACUGGAUUCAUUAAGCUCUAGUUUUAUGUGCAAUAUGGUGAACGAAGCAAAUACCAUUAUUCCACCACCGUAUUCUUGUAACAAUAGCGUCGACGAAUUGUCGGCCGUGGAGUGCGAAAGAAGAGAGACGGGUGACGUUGGUUCCAUCGUCUCUUUGACAAAUCAUAGAACAACCUCUGACAUAUCAAGCCUUGGUGCUCAAUCGCCUUGUUCUCCACCGAGGGCUACCAGCCCAACGAUAGAACUGCGAGAAUUAUUGGAUAAGAUACAGCAACUUCCUCAUUUGUCUAACGGACACUCAACCACCGUGCAUUGUCAACAGAGUCAAGCCCCGGUCUUGUAUGUAACAAGCAGCGAUGGUACUACACAACAACGGCCUUUGAGUCCCAGCGAUGUCGGUUCGUAUAAAGUGAGGAGACCAGGAACCAGGCUAUACAUGCCGUUGGGAUUGCCGAAUUCGCGAAGCAAAACGAAGCGAUGGUUGUCACGCUCUGCACCGACAACGCCUUCGGGUACAGUACCAAUGUCUUUCUUACCGGGGCAAAGCAGGAGGCCCUCAGAGGCCGACAACAAUCAGCAAGCGGUGCCACUGCUUUACGAGCAAGACGAGAAUGAAAACAGCAAUGCGGAUCAAUCAUCGUCCGGUAUUCCAUUGCUCGCUGAACAAGAGGAAGAACGACAAUCGACAUGACACGGUGUUUAAAUUGUUUGUGCCAUUUAAUACUCGACAUCGCAAUUACCUCAUGUGAGGAUUGUUGAUAUCUACACACACACGUACACAUACACACGCGCGCGCGCGCGCGCACACACACAUACACACAGAUUUAAAUAUUUUUUAAUAUGGCUCUGAUACAUUUAUCUUGUUACUGAUGUUUACUAUAUCAUAAAAUUAUAUACAUUCGGGGCGUAUUUAGAUAUUUAUGCAAUAUGUGAAAAGUCCUAAACUUUAUUAUAAAUUAACAUUUAAAUUAUUUUUUAUGAUUUAUUUAUAUUUUUAUUACUAUGUUUAUAUAAAUACUUAUUUAUAUUUGAUUUAUAUAUAUAUAUAUAUAUAUAUAUAUACAAAAUAUGAUAUUAAAAUAUUGUAAAAUUCUAAAUUUUAGUAAAACCUAGGAUUUGUCUAUAAAUACCAAGAUUUAUUAAGUUUCUUUGAUAGUCAAAAAAUGUAAUGUCAGAGGUUUACUAAUAUUGAUAAAUUAAGACCUAUUAAAUGUACGAAAAAAGUCAGGAUAGGUUUUAUAGUAAGAUACAUGUACAUGGUUAUUUAAGUACUAAAUCAAUAACAGGCCAAAUAUAAUGAGCUAUCAAGAUGUAAGUUUACUAUAUAUUUAUUUAUUAUUAACAAUAACAGUUAAAUCGUCUUAAUUAUUGUUAAUAAAAUAAAUACAAUAGUAAACUUACAUCUUGUAUAAUAGUGGAAGCUUGUUAUUUUUGGCCUGAAUUUAUUGCCGAUUUAUUACUUUGUAAAUACGAGCGAUAAUUUAUUAUAUGAUUAUUUGUUUAAUAUAUAUUUAGCUAAUAUACACAUAUGUGCGCGUAUUUAUUUUUUUAAUUUAAAGAGAAUUGGCUCCAUUGAAUAAAUUACAGUAAAAUAAAAUAAUGCCAAUAAGAAGUCGACACUGGAUGUUUACAAUAAUAUUCAUAUACAAUAAUAUUAUCAUUCAAAAAUUACAUAGACGGACCUAUGUGUUUAGAGCAUCUUUAUUUCCAACAUUGAUUUUUGUAUGUUAUAAACACGUUUAAAUAUGACUUGCUGCUCAUAAGAUCAUAAACCGUAUUACCACCUACAUUCUUUAUCGCAUACAGUUUAAUCGAAUUUGCUAUUAAUCAGAGACCUAUAUACGCCUCGAAUGUGCCUAUUUUAUGCGAUAAGGUAUACAUGACACCUAUUAUACGAGAUAGUUAAUCGAUUUUCCGAUUACUGUAAACCGAUAAAUGCCGCCUACCUUUUUAAACUAAAAAUUUCAAGAAAAUUGAAAGGACUUUACGACUGUCGUCGGCGAAGUGACUCAAGGCCUUAUUCGCAAUUGUAGAAUUCAAUUCUACCAUCACAUUCUUGAAUAGUUAUGACAUUAAACAUUAACCCUUUAGCUGCGGUACGCUUUAAAUGAAAAACCGUCCUCUGUGUGUGGAACACGAUAGCUACAGUCGGUCAUCGAAACACAAUCGAUUCUAAAACUAGAACCGAGUAGAUAAUUUAAAUGUCCCAUACAAGACGUUUGCUUGCGCACGUGGUGUUGGAAAAAAUUUAGAAAGUAAAUUACUAACUCAUCUUUUUUUUUAAUAGUAUACUUUUAGAAAAUCUUAAGUAAUAAUUCAUAAACAGAAUAAUAAUAAAUAUAAUAUAUUUAACGUAUGAAUAUUAUACAUUUUUAGUUAUUAAUUUUAAAUUUGAUAUUAACUGAUGAUUAAAUCUGUCAAAAACAGAUUUUAUAAAACGUUUAUUAUAAUAUUUUAUCGAUAGAAUACCAAAGAAAAUAUAACAGAAUUUUUGAUGCUAAUAGAAUGUAAUGGCAGAGCAGAAUUCAAAUACAUACACUCGUACGUUUUCUGCAGCUAAAGAGUUAAGAAAUUUAAAUAUCGUGAUAAAUAAAUACGCUGUUUGCUUCUCGGAGAAAUGUAAAAGAAACAAGUCUUAAGACUCCUUCUAAUUCUCUGGUUUUCAACUAUUGACUAUAUGACUUCUUGCCACUUACAUUUAAUAUAGACUUUGCUUUCUUUCAAUAAAUAUCGCAAACUCGCGAGAACAAAACAAUAUUGCAUUUUUUAUGCGAUGUAAAGUUAUGACACGCGUAAAUUGCGUAUUAUUACGUCAGAAUGGGAAAUAGAAGAUUUUUGUCACUAUUUUCCAUAAAUGUGUAUUUCCAUGAAUGCGUAUUACUUGAUGCAAAUUUGGAGAAUAACAUAAACAGAUUUGUGUUAGGUUAGUACAAUGACAGUAAAAUGAAGUGAGAAGAAGGUUUUAUGCUUUACUUACAAAACUAGAAGAAUAGUUUUAAUUUUAAUUUUAAUUUUAAUUUUUAGGAUUACAGAACAUGUAUACAUCGAAAUUUAUUGGUGCGUGAAUAGAUUAUGAACAUUACGACAACCGUCUGAUUAACAUAAUAUGUAACUUUUUAUUAUUAUAUUUGCAUAGGUUUCAUCAUAUAAUAUUCCAUCCAAACAAAUCGGUCAGGAGAGAAGGAGCUAGGACAAUAUUGCGCAAUCGUGUAGAAGUACGAAUGAUGCGGCAGUAACAUAUACUAUACGAAAUAUAUGAGCCAAUGUACAAUGCAGAUUCCGUCAAGAGAUAACAAUAUAGACUACAGAAAUUAUAGACAAACACAAGUUCGUAAUAUGUAUAAAAAGAUUUUUGUUUAAUUUUUAACAAGCAGAUAAGAUUACCAUAAUAAGUACGAAUGCAAACAAUAAAAAAACAAGGAUGAUAUUGGACUAAAGUAUAGUUUACACACGUACAUCUAUUAUUCAGACAGUUAAAUCUAUUAAAAACAGAUUUUUUUUUUAAAUAAAUUUUGCCGGUAGGAUGCCAGUGGAAAUGCAACGUAAUCAAUUACGCAAUCAGUAAAAAAUGUUUUAAAAUGUUUUUUAAUAUUUAAAACGACGUGAAGAAUAAAUAUUUAAAGAAUAUUUAAAAACAUUAUCUGCUGAUUGGGUAGUAGAACAUGAUGGCAAAACACAGUAAAAACCGAGCAUGAAACGAUACCAUUUAAAAGAUUACAUUCUGCUCGCUUUCUACUAGCAAAUGCUAUUGGAUUAUGUCUGCAGAUUCUAUUGGCAGAAUACGAACUUAAUACAGAUGCAGUUGACGUUAAUCUGUUGCAAUAUUCUGCUCAAAUACCUGGUGAAAAAAUUUUUCUUUGUGUCACAAUAUUUUUAAGAAUUCUUCAUAUUUUAAAUUCAUGAAGAUUUCUAAAAAAAAAAAAAUGUUUGAGAUCCCUCCAUAUUUUAUAAGUUUUCUUCGGAAAUUGUAAAAUGAGAAAUUUUACAAUAUUUCAGAAUUCUAUAUAUAUAAAAUUCUGGAAAAGAUGUAUAUAUUUUCUCAACAUUUUUUGAAAGUGUAUUUCAGUUUGUAUAAAAAAAUCUGAAAAAUUUUCUAAGAAGUUAUAAAAUCAGAAAUACAGAAAUCAUACAGAAAUUGCGAAAAAUUUUAAAGUUUACAUAAUUAUUUUGAAAAAUUAUAUGAGGAACUCCAAGAAAAAUUUUCACUAGGAAUCUGCUAGCAAAUUGCUAGCAUAUUGUUAACAUUUUGCUUGCUAAGUACUUUUCAGUCUGAGCGUACAUAAUACUCAUGUAUUGUACAAUCGAGAGCAAAAAUACUGUCCUGUUUCGAUGUAAUAAUAUUCAGCUGCACCGAGCUUCUCCUUCAACCAAUCAAUCGACCAAUUACCAAAGGAGAACGUAUGAUAAAAUUUAUAAAAAAAGAAAUCGGUAAAAGUGCAAGUUUUAUUGUCUGCAUCUGAAUUAUGCGGACGGAAUUUUGUUCUCCACUGUAUUAUCGCGCACAAUUACAAUUGUUAGAUAUACCGUGAAUUAUCUGGGAUUCUUAAUAAUUUUAUAAUUUUAUUUCUAUUGCGAUAUAUAAAUCGAACGUUUGUAUAUAGUAUAUUCGCAUAUCAAUGUAGAUGUACAUAUGUUUAUGCAUAAGAUAUUAAUAUAAUAAUUUAUUAAUUUCCCAAAAUUGUGAUUAUUUGAAAAAAUUUAGAAAUGUGCUUAUUUAUAGUUCCAACAAUUCAGUGAAAAUAUUUCACUCUUUUUAUUUUCACCAAUUAUUUAUAACACUGUUGCUUUUUUUGUUUAAUUGUUUGUAACACAAACUAUAGAAGUAGCAAAACGUCUUUUGAAGUUAGUCAUUUGUUAAUGUAUUCUACACAUAUACAUACACACAUAUUGUUUAAGUUUUAGUAUAAGAGAAACAUGAUAAAAACACCUGCGUGGUGCUCUGUAAACUAUACUUUUAUUCCCUAAGAAAAAUUCUGUUUACGUACAUGAUAUUAACAAUUAUAUAGAAAUCGUUGAAAAAUAUUCAAUAAUGUAAUAGAUUUUAAUUCUAAUAUGUAAAAGCAGUCAUAUACUUUAAUUGUACUAACAUUGUUCAUGUACAUCAUGCAUUUGAUGCAUUUGAUUGACAUGUAUUUUUUUAUAAAAGCCAGGUACAAAUAAAUUCAAGCUUUUACGAAA